UCCGCAUCUACCUGUGAAUCAGCUGUCGCCCGCUGCGAAUGGCCAGGGGCGAAGAAGCAGCGAUUUGUGUACGUGUGUGUUUUGUCUUUGCGACGUGGUGAUUACAGAGCCACCAGAAGCGAUAUAGAUCCCAAACCGAUCCGAUCCGAUCCCCGCCAGAAUCCAGCACUUCCAUGCAGAUGCGCGUCACGGAAUUGCCAGCAGUUCAGCUGCUGCUGCCCCUAAUCCUGGUUGGAUUGGCUAGCGGACAGCGCGUCGCUCCCGGCGUUAAUCCGCAGCACUAUCAACAAGUGCCGCAGCAGGUGCCGCAGCACCAUCCACCGCCACCACCGCAGCACCACCAGCCGCAGUACCAGCAACAGGUCCACUCAGCGCCCGGUGUGCCGCCCCAGCAAUACGCCUCCGACUUCCAGCAAUACGAACAGGUUCAAGUUCCCGUGCAGCAGCAGGCACCGGUCCAAUAUCAGCAAGUUCCUGUGCAGCAGCAGCAGCAGCAACAUCAACCAAUCCACCAGCAACCGACGAUGCAGCAACAGCAACAGCCGCCGCAGGGGCACCACCAGCAGGCAGGUGGCCACCACCAUGGGCAACCGCAGCAGGUCCUAAACACCGGCAACAUUCAGCAGGAGCGCGCUCACAUCCAGGAGCACAUGCAAGUGCCAAUCGAUACGAGCAAGAUGUCCGAGGCUGAGCUGCAGUUCCACUACUUCAAGAUGCACGACUCGGACAACAACAACAAGUUGGACGGCUGCGAGCUGAUCAAAUCGCUGAUCCACUGGCACGAGCAAGGCAGCAAGGAGCAGCCGAACGGCGAGAAGCCUCACGUGGAGGAGAAGGUUUUCUCCGACGAGGAGCUGGUGGCACUCAUUGAUCCCAUCCUGCAGAUGGACGACACCUCGCGCGACGGCUACAUCGACUAUCCGGAGUUCAUUAAGGCGCAGCAAAAGGCCGCCGAGAAGCAGCAGCAGCAGCAACAGCAGCAGCCGCACGAACAGCAACAGCAGCAGCAGCAGCCGGUUCAUUAGUAGUCACCCAGAUGCGUUCAGUUUACAUACAUAAAACCAUGUCCUCGUCCCGCGCUCUGUGACGUGCAACACAUACUCCUGUUUCUGCCCAAAACACCCUGAAAUUACGUCGACCACGUCGACGAUUUUAGCGCACUUCUUAGAUAAAUUUGAAAGAAAUUUACUUAACAUGCUGCAAGCAUUCCAAUCGGAGAACUUCAUUGAACAAAUUGUAACUAAACGUCCUUCUGAGAACUCUUUUCCAAAAGAUUCGCAUUUUCGAAUAUUAUUUCUCACGAAUCUCUCGAGGGGUUUGUGCAAUUCCAGCCGCCUUGUUUCGUUUUGUUUUCGAUUGUCAUAAUUUUAGUUACUUUUCGAUAUGAACUAAUUUUUAAGCGCGACUUUAGAGCAGCAAAAAACAGACUGAUUGUGUAAACGUUUGUUUUGUACAAAAAGAAAAUGAAACUAUGCAGAAAAAUAAGCGAAGAAAAUCUCGUCUUUUUAAACUGAAACCUACUAUAUAGACGCAUGCAAAUCUCUGUAAGUAAUGCCGGAUUAGCGAAUAAAGUCAACUUCAAAUCACA